AUGGCACAGGGUUCCUACAAAUGGAUUAUGGUCUAUCAAGACCACCUCACCAAAUUUUGUGUCCUGCGUCCGCUAUCGUCGAAACGUGCUGCAGAAGUGGUGCAUCAUCUCACUGACAUAUUUCUCUUGUUCGGAGCUCUGUACAUAUUACAGAGUGAUAAUGGGUCAGAGUUCACAGCCGAAGUGAUCAGUGAGCUGAAAAUCAUCUGUCCCAAACUUGUCCUUGUUCAUGGAAAGCCUCGACAUCCACAGAGCCAAGGAUCCAUGGAAAGAGCAAACGGUGACAUCAAAGACAUGCUGGUUGCAUUGAUGGGAGACAACAACACUACGGAUUAUGGAUGUGAGGCCAAAGUUGGCCUGACAUUGUCCUCACUGACUGAUGAGGUAAUUCAAAGGAUGCAGUGUGAGGAUGAUCUGUUAGCUGUUCUCACCACCAGUCAAAAUGGAGAGGAACCUGGUCCUGUUCCCAGUGCUGAAUCAGCCGAAGUUCACUUUGAUAUGGAACGUCCCAGUCCAGAGAGAUCAGCCCUGCUGUCAGCCGAGCAGUAA